AUGGCAGAACUUGGUGGUUAUCGAUUCUUUGGCAUUGCCAAUUUUGCAGAAUGUUGGGCUGGAGGACUAACAUCUGAGUUUUUUGACAACGCUACAAAAGUUAACAAAUGCUGGGGAGUGAGGCCGAACUAUAGAGAAUGUAACGAUUAUGCAGAAACAAAAUGCGUCGCACCUCCUGUGUACAAUUACAUUUAUGAAAUUAUUUCAG